GUGACAAAAAGUGUCAUUGUAAACACAAGUGUUAUUUCGUUUAUAAAUCCUUAAUAUUGGUUCGUUUCUAUAGACGAGUUGCGUUGUACCUAAAAAAUACUGAUUCUCAGAUUUCGUUUACAUUGAUUUUGAUAAUCUACCAUGCUAGUAUUUUUUCUCUCUCACAAUUUAGUUAAUAGCCUAGCUAUAUUAAAUUAUCACAAGAAAUUUUUCUGGGUUUUCCCAGUGGGUUUUGCUACACUUGCAGUUAGAACUGAAUCGAAGGUUUUCGAAAGAUGUGAACUCGCGAAAGAGCUGAAGCACUAUUUAGAUGAAGAUUACUUAUCAGAUUGGAUUUGUAUAGUUGAAUAUGCAAGUGGUUUUAAUUCUGGAAAAAAAGAAUAUGUAAGAUAUGACUUUUAUUACCACGGCCUGUUCCAGAUAUCGCCGGAUCACUGCGAAAACGAUAGUAAUCCGGGAGGUACGUGCAAUGUAAAGUGCAGCGAACUACUCGGAAAUAAUAUUUCUCAACAGGCAAAAUGCGCGCAUACACUUUACCAAAGUUAUCGAUUCGCUCCUUGGCCCCUUUGGGCAACCAACUGCCAAGGGAACAAAAAGAAAUCGUUGACUUGCGAUUUCCUGAAAGGAUGAUAUGUCUUUUCGUUGUGCUAUAAUAACAAAUAUAUUAUUCACAUUUUAAACAUGAAAGGAAAUAUAGACGUUUAUACAA